AAUGUAAAGAGUUAAUCUCAGAAUUUUGGUAUUAUGAUGCUAAAAAAAAACCUUUUGAUUUACCUUAUGUUCAAAGCUUAGAUACUCCUAUAUUAUGGUGGGGAUCUAUUAAAAGUCAACCACGUCAUUUACCUGAAUUAGCAUUUCAGCUUUUUAGUAUUUCUCCAUCACAAGCUAGUUGUGAAAGAAAUUUUUCUAUUUUGAAAUGGUUUAUUAGUGAUAGGCAUACACGUCUUAAUGUUACAAAACUUGAAGGAAUGGUAAAAAUAAGGUCUUAUUAUAUAACAAAUAUACGAAAUGAACUUAUUUAUUAUGGUAAAGAGUUAAAGGAAUCAGAAUUACGCAAAAUAGUAAAUAUUUCAGCAAUAGCAAAUACUAAUUUAGUUUUAGAAGAUUUUGUGAAUUUACGAGAUCCAAUUUUUCAGGAUGGAGAAAAUGGAUUACGUGAAGAAUUAAAUAUACCUAAUAUUGAUGAAGAAAAUAUUAAUAUGGAUUUUGAUUCUGUUAAUUUAGUUGAUGAUAUUUUGAAUGUUGAAAUGGAUUGA